AUCAUCACGCUGUCUUGUGAAUCUAACCACAAGAGUGACUUGGUCAUAGAAAUAUGGUCACCUUGGUCCUCUUCUGACAGUAUGGGAUAAACCUUGCCAAGUGGGACGUCCGUUUGACUGUACAAGAUGUAUAAAAUAUCAGGCACCUUUGGUCAGAUGUGGAAAGGAAAAAGACCAACAGACAAACAACAGUUCACAAAACACAACAUAGAAAACUAAAGACUGUGCAACACGAACACCACCAAAAACUGGGGGUGAUCCCAGGUGCUCUGGGAGGGUAAGCAGAGCCUGCUCCACAUGCGGCACCCGUCGUGUUGCUCGUAAUUUAUAUUGAUUGGAGUUGGUACGGAGAGGAAAAACCUAUAUUAAAGGAACAUUAAUUUUUAAUCAGUCUUCAAUAUGGCUUAUAUUUGUACACCACGUAAUCUCAGUGAUGCUAAAUCGCUCAGAAGGCUUAUAGAAACAGAGGAUCCAAUUUAUUACGGACUGAAAAAAUUGAAAAUAAGAGGAAGAGAUCUAAACGAGUUGCCGAGAUCUAUAUUCAAUAUUUUGGAAUUAGAAGUUUUGGAACUUAGUCCAGAGCGAGAGGCAUGUCUUGAUUUUAAACUUCCAAAACUUCCUCCGGCAAUCGGAAAACUGAUCAACCUGAAAGUGCUCAUUCUGGAUACCAAUGAAAUGCAAACAUUGGCAUCAGAAGUAACAUUAUUGGUCAGUUUGGAGAGACUUGCUCUGAGUAAUAACCAUUUAUCAAGCUUACCAAAUGGAUUUAAAAAUCUAACAAACCUUAAAAGUCUUCAUUUAUCUAACAACGAAUUUGAAGACUUCCCAAUCGAGCUUUGUGAUCUUGAAAAUUUAGAAUUUCUAGAUAUGUGUGAUAAUUUGCUAGAAGAACUUCCUCAUCAGAUUUCAAACAUGAAAAAUCUUCACACAUUGCUUCUGUGCUUUAACCGCUUGAGAACACUCCCCGACAGUAUCUGUAAAAUGACCGAGCUGCGCUGUCUGUGGCUUGGGAAUAAUCUGUUACAAUCUCUCCCUAAAGACUUUGGUCAGCUGAGGAACAUUGACUGGGACUGGAGAUAUAUUUCCUCGUUACUGGAAGGUAAUCCACUUGUUCGUCCACCGAUAGAGGUGUGCCGUCUUGGGAUAAAUGCAAUUGACAAAUAUCUAAAUCGGGACAUGGGAAAUCUGACGACGCGCAGCAGUGCUUCGUCUGGAAAUAGUUGGUAAACCUUGGCUCAUAAUUCUUACAAUAUGAUUUUAGACAUCGUAGCAGAAACAUAUAAUACAAUACAAUGUAUUAUAUGUCUCUGAUUGUAGCGAUAUUCUUAACUUUUAUUUUUCUGUAUUGUUUUUAUUAUCAGAUUUUUUAUUUGAUUUAUUAGAAUUUUGAAUAUUUAUUUCAGUUUUCAGUCUUUGAAAUGGGUGCCAUUACGGCCAUGAUAUAUAGAUCGGAUAUCUGUAUUUUAUGAAGAAUGUAGAAUGUACAUUGUAUAUAUAUAAGAUUCGCUUCUAAUAUAAAUAGAUAUAAAAAGAGAUAACUCUUGCUAAUUAAGUAUACGGAGAUAGUUUUUAUGAAGUUUUUAACUCUCAAAAACACAAGCCGGAAUAAAUUUCACAAUCAACAGCACCAGAGAACUACUAAGUUUAAAGCAAAGGUAUUUUUUCAAUGAAAUGUGAAACAACAUUCAAGAAAUAGACAUAUAUGGCACUAUAUUUCUGUACAAGGACUGUUUUAUGUACGAAAGGUCUGACCAAGUAAAACAUAAAUAUAAUAAAAGUUUCAUUGCAUUCAUCAGGUUUUUGUGAAAUUUGUCUUAUCUAGCUUUUUUAAAUCUCAAAACUGAGAAGUGUCUGUUCAACCAUGAUUUAAGUUGAUGCAUUUCAUAUCUUAUGAUAAUGAUAUUUAUUUAGUAAAAUAUAUUCUACCUGUAAUAAAUUUUUGAAUGACUUGUCAAUUUGUCCGUCUUGUUUUAGCAACAUAUAUUAAAACUUUUGGUACUUUUAUCACUUUGGUUGGUAUAUGUGGCUAUAAAACUGAUAUGAAUCACACAUUAAAGUGUUUAUUUUGGUGAU